AAAUUAAUUUUGGAUUAAGGUAUUGUUUUUUUUUCCUCAACAAAAAAUAAAAGCAAGAAAAGUUCCGUCGUCGGUGCAUGCUGUUUUGAUAAAUUCCCUGAGCCUGGGGCUCGGGGAGAUCUGAAUCUAUAAACUGAAAACGGAGGGAAUAAAGACGCUUACCAUGGAAUCAUCCGCUGCAAAAAGUUGCGAUUACGAAAAUAUUAACGAUAAUGGGAGCUCCUCCCAAUCGCAACCGUCUACGUGUAUGCAGAAAUUCAGACUCUACGAAACUCGAUCGAGCUUUUAUAUGAUUGGAAGGGACAAGAGUAGAACGUAUUGGAGAGUGUUAAAGAUAAACCGGCUUGAUCCUUCUGAGCUGAACAUUCGCGAAGAUUCUACCAUGUAUUCGGAGAGUGAAUGCUCCGAGUUGUUGAGACGAAUACAUGAAGGAAAUAUUUCUACCGGUGGAUUGAAAUUCGUUACAAUUUGUUAUGGCAUUGUUGGGUUUAUUAAAUUUCUGGGGCCUUACUAUAUGCUUAUUAUUACACGAAGAAGGCAGAUUGGCUCAAUUCGUGGUCAUAAUGUGUAUGCGGUUUCAAAGAGCGAGAUGAUUCCUGUUCCAAAUUCAACUGUUAACUCGAACAUGGCUGACUCUAAGGAUGAGAAUAGGUCUUCUUCUUUUCUGUUUGCUAAUAUACCUGGUCCACUUCUAAAAAGUCAUGAAUGUUGCGCAGAAAGAUUUUCUGUUCUGUACAAGAAGCUCCUGUGCACGGUUGAUCUGACAAAGGACUUCUUCUUCAGCUACUCAUACCAUGUUAUGCGUAGUCUUCAAAAGAACAUGUGUAAUAAUGAACCAGGUCAGGUUCUUUAUGAGACCAUGUUUGUGUGGAAUGAGUUCCUAACUCGAGGGAUCCGCAAUCACCUCCAGAAUACUUUAUGGACAGUUGCAUUGGUUUACGGCUUCUUUAAGCAGGCCACACUUUCUAUAGCUGGAAGGGAUUUCAAACUUACGCUCAUUGCAAGGCGAUCCCGCCACUAUGCUGGUACCAGGUAUUUAAAACGAGGGGUGAAUGAGAAAGGCAGAGUAGCUAAUGAUGUUGAGACAGAGCAGAUUGUGUUUGAGGAUGUCCCUGAUGGGCUUCCUGCAGAAAUAACUUCAAUUGUCCAGAACCGUGGCUCAAUUCCACUGUUUUGGUCACAAGAAACCUCCCGUUUGAAUCUUAAACCAGAUAUCAUAUUGUCAAAGGAGGACAAAAAUUAUGAAGCAACCAGACUUCAUUUUGAAAAUCUUGUCAAAAGAUAUGGCAACCCUAUAAUUAUUUUGAAUCUGAUUAAGACACAAGAGAAGAAGCCUCGAGAGUCAAUUCUUCGUCAAGAGUUUGCAAAUGCAAUCGAUGUUAUAAAUAAAGAUUUGUCAGAAGAGAAUCGAUUGAGGUUCCUUCACUGGGAUCUGCACAAACAUUCUCGGUGCAAAGCAACAAAUGUUUUGCUACUUUUGGGCAAAGUGGCUGCGUACGCAUUAAUGCUAACAGGUUUCUUUUAUUGUCGGUUGACUUCAACCUUGAGACCUGAGGAGUGCAUGGCUUGGUCUUCCUUUGAGAACUUAAAUGAGAUUGACAUAUCACCCCGGAGAUAUCACAACAAUGUUACUGAUGAUGCUUACAAGUUGGAGAGGAAAUGUUCUGGAUAUAGUAAUGUUACUAACGGAAAUCAUUCUCUCAAGCCUCCAACAUUCCAAAGAGGUGUGCUUAGGACCAAUUGUAUUGACUGUCUGGAUCGCACAAAUGUUGCACAGUAUGCAUAUGGAUUGGGUGCUCUUGGACACCAGCUUCAUGCUAUAGGGAUUAAAGAUACCCCGAAGAUAGAUCUUAAUGAUCCUUUGGCAGAUAAUUUAAUGGGGUUCUAUGAGAGAAUGGGUGACACACUUGCACACCAGUACGGUGGUUCUGCAGCUCACAAUAAGAUAUUCUCUGAGAGAAGGGGUCAGUGGAGAGCCGCAACCCAGUCACAGGAGUUCUUUAGAACACUUCAACGAUACUAUAGCAAUGCGUAUAUGGAUGCUGAGAAACAAGAUGCAAUUAAUGUAUUUCUUGGGAAUUUCCAGCCCCAGGCUGGUAAACCUGCUCUUUGGGAGUGGGGUUCAGAUCAACAUUAUAGGGGAAAAAGCGGGGAAACCAUUGUCGAUGAAGAUGGAAGGUCAUUUUUCAAAAGAUCAUUUUCUGAUGGAAACAUUCUUCGUCAAACCGGGUCACCUACGCCAGCUACAAAAGAUGAGCCAGAGAAAUUUACCAAUUCAUCUUUGCCUGACCGAUCACAAGGAAGUAGUGGCCUUUCAGAGUCAUCACCCGAGAUAUCAACUUGUGGAAGUGAUGUGUCAUAUUCAAGGUUUACACCCUCUAUGUCUCAAAGGCAUUUGUUUGGAGAUGUGCAAAGAGAUCGCUAUCUUGAAACUGGUCAAAUUUUCUUUUAUGGACAUGGGGAUGGAGUUAAUAGAUCUAACUUUGUUGACUUAGACUGGCUUUCAUCCUCUGGAAAUUCAUGCGAGGACGAACCAUAUGAGAGGUCAUCACUACUUCAAAGCAGUCCAGGGCAUUCAUCAGAGAACGUUGUCAAUGGAGUAUUGGGAGAAACGACCCCAUCUACCAGUGAAUAUGGAUCAAGUAUGAAGGGAAUGCAGCAGAAAGGGGCUGAGAAAUUUCCCGAUGGUUUUGUGCAGUGGGUAAACUAUGGACAUGUGCUUUCCCGUUGAAGGUUUGUUCAAUUUCCUCAAAUCGAUGGGUCCAUCUAGUCAAGCUGGCUCAAUGACGGAAGCCGUUGAGGCAACAGGAGAAGCGGAACCACUUGUACUGACACUCUUAUGUAAGAUAACCUCGCCCGCAAUCCAAUCCCCCCAUGUACUAGUACAGCAGUCAUCCCAAAAAAAAAAACCCUCAAACCAGAAACUAAUACUCCAAGAA